CCGGACUGAACAUUCUACAACCUUCUCGACAACGCCUGGCCGACUUUGGGUGGAGACCACUCGAAAUAUCUGGCAAAAACACUCAAAAGCGCUCCCUCGUCAUCCACUCGCAUAGAAUUCUCUCUGCUAGGAGCUGGGUAGCUGGACGAUGGCGACGAAUCUCUAUGAAGUAUUGGGACUGGAUCGAGAGGCAACUUCGGAACAGAUCCGGAAGGCUUACCGCAAGCGUGCAUUGCAGACGCAUCCGGACAGGCUGAUGCAGGGCAUGUCUGCGUCCGACAAGGAAGCCGCUGAGGAACAGUUCAGACUGGUGAAUCACGCUUAUGAAGUUUUAACCAACGAGGAGAAUCGCAAGCUUUACGAUCGAUUUGGCGUAUGGCCCCCACCAGUGCCUGAGGUGGAACCCCAGCGCCCGAAUGGCUAUCAUGGCGACUCGUUCGACUCGUUCGCCUCUGAUCCGUUCUUUGGCUCACCAUCCGGCUUUGGUUCACGUCGACGCCCAUACGCAUUCACCGAUCCCUUCGAGCUAUACAACUCGCUUUUUGGCGACGUCCAUCGUGGAUUUUUCGACGACAAUUUCUAUACAGACCCCUUCCCCAGCACAUCCGUACCUCGCUCGCCUUUUGACCGUAUGGGCGAUCCAUUUGGGCGAUCUAUGUUUGGUGGUUCUCUUUUUGGUGGACUAGGUUCUCGCUCAUUUCUCGGUGGCUCGAUGUUCCCUGAGCGGAUGGGCCCUGGUUCAACCUCUCGUGUCUACGGCAGCGCUUCACAAGCUGUGGGAAUGAACGGGCAGUGGGUUUCUCAGAGCACGAUGACACGUACGAUCAACGGGCGCACCGAGCAAAUUACUAAGCGUCGCGACGCACAGGGUAACGAACACAUCGUAUACUGUUCUCCCGACGGAGAGCGUUAUACUAUCAAUGGUAUCGAGCAGCCCCUUCCGAAUGGAGCAAUUGGUUCAGCGCCGCCCCCCGCACAACAAUUAAACUCUAGUCCACCGGCUUUCGCCAUCCCUCCUCCGCCUCCUGCGAAUUCUUACGUCCCUCCAGCCAACAAUCACUAUGCUGCUCCUCAACGUCCGCCUCAGGCUCAAGUUCCUCCGCAGGCGCAAGCAUACACGACGCAGACGUCUUCUCCCCCCGCCUACACCGACGUGCCUACACAUCGGCCAGGAAGCCGCCACAGCGCAAGUGUUGCUUCUGCAGCCUACACGUAUCCGACGAAGCCAGCGCCGCCCGUGGAGCGAGUUUCUGUUCAACAACAACAGAUGUAUACAGACCCUCAUGCGACCUCCGGUAGUCAGAGAAGCAUGAGCAGCCAUGGACACGGUAGUCAAACUUCACACCCAUACGUAAGUCAAGCGCCGCCUGCGCACUCGCCCAGGGAUAAAGAGAGGGACCCUGCUUACCACGGUAGUAAGCGCUUCCACAGAGAGCGCACGAGGUCCGACGGUAGAGAACAGGAGCUUCCCAUGAGCGGCGGGCACACUCUGUCUAGAGAUUCCAGGCACAGAGAAGCGCGCCAUACUUCGGGCGACGCUGGGCACAGACGAGAGCGUACGGAUAACCAUCCGCACGAGCAUGCAGAUGAGCAGGAGAAAAAGCGGUUCCGCGGCGGAUGGUGAGCAGAUUUCUGCUGUAGGCUAGACAAGAUCGCGAAAUUGCUGAAGAUUAGAGUAUGGCCACACCAUUCCCAUUAAGCGAUUUUGACCGGUUCAAAUUCAAAGUGUACAUCAUUUUGCUAUG